AGUGGGCCCGAGCUUCCCGGCUGGCACACAGGACCCCCGGGCCACGAGGACCCACGUGGGAGGUGCCCCGGCCCCGGCCGUCCCUGAGGACAGAGGCCCCCACCUCCAUGACACUCAGGCUGCAGACGCCCUGAUCCUGCCAGCUCUGACUGCUGCUCGGGAAUCCAAGCUCCGGCUUCUUCCCAGUGCUCGGGGCUCCUCCCUGGACGGGGGCCGCGGAGCUGCCCCCUCGCCCCCGCCCCGGGACUGGCCCUCGUGUCUCCUCCCCACCUGCGUCCACCCCAGGGGAUGUCACUCUGAUCUGAACAUGACCUGGCUUCUCCCGCUCCGGGGACCCCGAAUCUCCACCUGCAGUGUCUCUGGGGGUGGGAGGACGGCUGGAGGCAGAUGACCCCCGCCUCACUCGCUGUCCCACGUGGGCCCAGUUCCCCUUAGGCGGGGACCACAGCUCUUGCUCAGCCCCGGCUUCCUGUCGAGCUGCCUCGGCCCCACCCCACGCUCCGGGCACUUCCUUCCCACAGUGGGUCCUGGACGGCGACUCUAUGCUGCCCCUGCUGCUGCUGCUGCCCCUGCUGUGGGGGGGGUCCCUGCAGGAGGCUCCCGGGUACGAGCUCCAGGUGCAGCGGUCGGUGACGGUGCAGGAGGGGCUGUGUGUCUCUGUGCCCUGCUCCUUCUCCUACCCCACGUCCUCCCGGGGUUCCUCCAGCCCAGUCUACAUCUUCUGGUUCCGGGAGGGGGACCACAUCUACUAUGAUGAUCCUGUGGCCACAAACCAUCCACAACGGCCAGUGAAGACAGAGGCCCAGGGCCGAUUCCACGUCUCCAGCGACCUCAGGACCCCCAACUGUUCCCUGAGCAUCAGAGACGCCAGGUGGGGGGACACAGGGUGGUACUUCUUCCGCGUGGAGACAGGACGUGAUGUGAAAUACAACUACGUUGAAACGAAGCUGUAUUUGCAUGUGACAGCCCUGACCGAGAAGCCUCACGUCCACGUCCCGGCGUCCCUGGAGUCCGGCUGCCCCACGCAGCUGACCUGCAGCCUGCCGGGCUCCUGCCCCGGGGGGAGACCGCUCUCCUUCUCCUGGGCGGGGGAGGCCCUUGGCUCUCGGGACCCCAGGACGCUGCGCUCCCCACUGCUCACCUUUACGCCGAGGCCCCAGGACCAUGACACCAGCCUCACCUGUCGGGUGAACCUCCAAGGAGCUCGGGUGACCACAGAGAGAACCGUCCAGCUCAAUGUCUCCUAUGCUGUGCAGAACCUCACCGUCAGGGCCUUCCUGGGAAACAGCACAGGCUCCCAGAUCCUGAAGAGCGGCUCAACCUUAUCCAUCAUGGAGGGUCUGGCGCUGCGACUGCUGUGCCAGGUGGACAGCAACUCCUGUGCAAAUCUGAGCUGGUUCCAGGGGUCUCCAGCCGAGAAUGCCAUCCCCAUCUCCACCAACAACAGCCUGGAGCUGCCGCAGGUGCAGCCGGAGCACGAGGGGCUGUUCACCUGCCUCGCCCAGAACCCGCUGGGCUCCCUGCAGGGUUCCGUCAAUCUCUCUGUUUACUACCCCGCACAGCUGUUUGGCCCCUCCUGCUCCUGGGAGGCCGGGGGUCUGCGCUGCAGCUGCUCCUCCCGAGCCCGGCCCGCCCCCUCCCUGCGCUGGCGGCUCGGGGAGCGGCUGCUGGCGGGGAACAGCAGUGGCAACAGCAGCCACGCCUCCUUCACCGUCACCUCCAGCUCCGCCGGGCCCUGGGCCAACAGCUCCCUGAGCCUCCACGGGGAGCUGGGCUCCGACCUCAGGCUCAGCUGCGAGGCCCGGAACGUCCACAGGACCCACAAUGUCACCUUCCUGCUAUUGCCAGGGAAAGCGGCCUGGGAGGGAGGAGUGGUUUCCACCGCCCUUGCGGGAGCUGGAGCCAUAGCCCUGCUCGGUCUGUGUCUGUGCCUCCUCGUCUUGGGCAUAGUGAAGAUCUGUAGGAAGCCAGCCGCUGGGAGACCGGAGGGCGCGGAAGACGAAGAUCCUGUCAUGGGUUCCGUCACCUGGGAUUCCCGGCAGAAGGCCCCCAAGCCAGACGGCCCCCAAGAGCAAGACUCUCCCGCGGAUGCCGCGCCUCUCCCACAGCAGCCACAGGAGCUCCACUACGCCUCCCUGAGCUUCCACGGAAUGAAGCCACGAGAGCCUCAGGAACAGGAGGCCACCAGAGCCACGGAGUACUCGGAGAUCAAGAAGAGCAAGUGAGGACCCGGCUGUGGCUCGGUGCUGCCCGGAGGCAUCACGGCUUUGUGGGGGGAAGGACAUGGCUGGGACUGACCAUGGAAGCACAAAGAGCCCUUGUGACAGCGUCACGGGGUGCAAAGAAGACAGGCCAUGGGGUUAGGGACACUUGGGUUCAUAUCCAAGAGCCAGCGCUAUCUAAGAACGCAUUGCUGUCAGCAAUUCGCUUCCCUUCUCCGUGCCUUGGUUUCCCACUCUGUAUGUCCCAGGUUGUGAGUCCUACCUCAAAGGUCGCUGUGAACAUCGAAGGAGUGAGCGCAUGAAAAUCGGCCAACAGAGGCUGUGUCGCACAGCGUGUGCUCAGCGCUUCCUUGAACAGGAAGCUCCCAAGGUGACUGUGCACAGAGAACCUGGCGGCAACACGUAGGCGUGGCUCCCCUCCUCAGGACCACCGGGAAGGCUCUCAGGGAAGGACCAGCCCCCCAUCUGGAACUCAGCUCCUCACGUGGCAUCUCCUACCCUCUCCAGAGUCAUCUCAUCACCCAGCUUCUACCUCUCAAUCCUUCUGCAGGUCCCCUCCCCCACAGCAGCCUCUCCCCCCAUUCACGGGAUUCUCUGGGCUCCUUCUAAGAGCCAAAGUUCCAUUUAAGUCUCUCUGGCUUUACAUAAUACAUCACAAGUACCUCCCCACCCCCUGGAAGGCACUUAGAGACCUUCAUGGUCUCCCUGCCAACUAUUCAUCUGCCCUCUCCUCCGGACCCACCCUUCCACGCCUUUGCCGUUGGGACCCCUCCUCCUGAAAGGCAGAAGGCUCAUGCCACCUCGUCCUUCAGACAUGAGCUCCUGGGGCCAGCGCUGUGGCACAGAGGGUUAAAGCCCUGCCUGCAGUGCCAGCAUCCCACCAGUUCAAGUCCCGGCUGCUCCACUUCUGAUUCAGCUCCCAGCUAAUGCACCUGGGAAAGCAGCAGGAGAUGGCCCAAGUGCUUGGGCCCCUGCACCCAGGUGGGAGACCCAGAGGAAGCUCCUGGCCCCUGGCUUCGGAUUGGCUCAGAUCCGGCUGUUGUAGCCAUUUGGGGAAUGAAUCAGUGGAUGGAAAACCUCUCUCUUGUCUCUACCUCUCUGUAAUGCUUUCAAAUAAAUUUUUUAAAAAAUAUGAGCUCACGAGUAGACUUGGGUUGAGAGGGUGGACUGAAGAAAGACCUUGUACUCUUCCUCCUCUAAAGUCAAAUUAAUUUUUUAAAAAAGUGCUAAACCUGAGACCGCCAUUGUGAUGUAGUGAGUUAAGCCACCGCCUGUGAUGCUGGUAUCCCAUGUGUGCCAGUUUGGGUCCCAGCUGCUCCACUUCUGAUCCAUGUGCCUGGGAAAGCAGCAGGAGAUGGCCCAAGUGCUUGAGCCCUGCCACCCACGUGGGAGACCCAGAUGAAGCUCCUGGCUCCUGGCUUGGGCAUGGCCCAGCCCUGCUUAUUGUAGCCAUUUGGGGAGUGGGUAGAAGAUCUUCCUCUCUCUCUCUCUUUCUCUCUCUCUCUCCCCCCCAUCUCUUUCUCUUUCUCUCUCCUUCUGUGUCUCUGCCUUUCAAAUAAAAUAGCUUUAAAAAAAAAAGUACUAAAAGUUCUCCAGCAGCUCACACUGAUGAUAAUAUUAUUUCCUGG